GGCCGUCAGUCAGCUGAGCGGUCUGUCGCGUUCGAACCUUCUCCGCACGCUCUUCACCUAUUUCGCUUUCGAUAAUGUGCUCUCACCCUCGUGGUUUCUCGCGGUGCUGUGUUUACGCCAUCCGAAAUGCCCCAAACGUGCUGUGAUCUCGGAAAAUCAGUGAAUUUUUCAGUGUAAUUAACAGUGCACCUUCGUCUUUCUCCACCGCUUUUGAAUCCCUUUUUUGUUUACUUUCUGUGAUAACGUCAAGAUGACCAUGACGGCCAAGCACAUGGAUGAUUCCACCACCAGCAAAGAGAACCUCCUCACACCUAAAGGAUGUAUCGGUGCGAGGCACGUUGUGACGUUCAUGCUGUUUUUGGGCAUGGCCAACGCUUAUAUCAUGCGGACAAACAUGUCGGUGGCAAUUGUUGCCAUGGUGAACCAAUCAGCCUUACCUGUCGACCCCUUGAUUGUGGAUGACGAGUGUGAAACCUACUACUUCAAGAACGACACCCAGUCCAGUAGCACGGACGGUGAAUUCAUCUGGAACACUAAGGAGCAGAGCUACAUCCUCAGCUCGUUUUUCUACGGUUACGUCAUCACCCAAAUCCCGUUCGGAAUCCUGGCCAAAAAGUAUGGCGCCAAGUACUUCCUCGGACUGGGAAUGCUCAUCAACUCAGUGUUCGCUUUUCUUGUUCCUAUCGCAGCGAGAGCAGGGCAAGCUGAAUUAAUAUUCAUUCGAUUUAUCCAAGGUUUAGGAGAGGGUCCAAUUGUGCCAUGCACACAUGCCAUGCUCGCAAAAUGGAUUCCACCUUCGGAGAGGAGUCGAAUGGGUGCUUUUGUUUACGCAGGAGCACAAUUUGGAACUGUGAUAUCUUAUCCUCUUAGUGGGAUUCUCUCAGCUUAUGGGUUCAGCGGCGGCUGGCCUUCGAUAUUUUAUGUAUUCGGACUGAUUGGAACAAUAUGGUCAAUUGCAUUCCUAUUUUUAGUUUAUGAAGACCCUGAAGCUCAUCCAAGUAUAGCAGAGGUCGAAAGAAAGUACAUCAUGAGCUCUGUAUGGGGGGCAGCAGGAGUUUCGUCGCCUCCAGUACCAUGGAAAAGUAUUGUUACCUCAGCACCAUUUUGGGCAAUUUUAAUCGCGCACAUGGGUCAGAAUUACGGUUAUGAAACCCUGAUGACUGAACUUCCAACAUUCAUGAAGCAAGUGCUUCAUUUCAACAUUCAAGAGAAUGGAGUGCUCUCUGCCCUACCGUAUUUAGCAAUGUGGGUCUUCUCAAUGGUCGCAAGUUUUAUUGCUGACUUCCUGAUUUCGGAUAGCUUCUCUAUCACUAAGUCUAGAAAACUAGUAAACUGUAUUGGUCAAUACGGGCCUGCAAUAGCUUUAAUUUUCGCCUCCUAUACAGGCUGCAGCCCCUACCUCACCGUUUUCAUUUUAACGACGGGUGUGGGCUUGAAUGGAGCAAUAUAUUCCGGGUUCAAAGUUAACCAUCUCGACAUCUCCCCGAGGUUUGCUGGAAUCUUGAUGAGCUUUACGAAUUGUUUGGCAAAUUUGGCGGGUCUCCUAGCGCCUCUGGUUGCUGGACACAUCAUCAAUGGCAAGCCAACUCAAGCAGCCUGGCGGUGGGUGUUCUUAAUAUCAUCUGGUGUGUACAUAGUAUGCGCGACAGUGUACCUGAUUUUCGCGUCGAGUGAAAGACAGCCGUGGGACAAUCCAUACAAUGACAAGCCCAAACAUCAGAAAAACGGCACCAGUACUAAUAAGAAAGGCGAAGAUGUCGAAGAUACUCUAUAAAAAUUUUGAACUUGUUAGAUUGUACAUUUGUUUUAUCGUUUGUAAGUUGUAGCAUAGAUAAGUACUUUACUCAAAUGUGCCUUCUCACCGCGAGGAAUCACUUGUGUGGAAACAUCUUACUCAACGCACAAUUUUUUUUAGCUGUCUUCCUACGAUGAAAACUCAGUCAGUGUUUUGUUCAAUUUUGGCUCCAUCACAAAGAAUUCUUGGUCCUUCCAGGUCUAUAAAAUCAGGCCUGUUUCAUCGCUAAAAUUGUCCAAUGAUCUGUAAUUUUACAACUGUACUUAUUGUUAAAUCGUAAUCUGUGGUUGCUUCCAGUAUGAUAUGUCUGAUUGAACUAUUGCGUCUAGUGAGAGAUGGUAGUUUUGAUUGUGAGGAGACAGAUCCAGUUGUAAGAUGUAUGAAAGUUUUUAAGCUUAGGAGAUUUGACCAACACCGUCUUUUCGCCAAAUAUUUUCCCAGAGCCUUCUAAGAAGAAAUUUCUUAGCUCAAAAGACCACCCAACUUUGCCUACUGAAUGGUAUUGAGACUCAAUCUUGCGGUCUUGCCAAUUGUUAUCAAAAUAUUCCUUGAGUGCGUUUUUAAGUUUGAGAGGUUUUAUGAACUACUCUUUACCGUCUUUUAUCAGUCUUGAUCAAAGUGAGUCCUCAGCAAGAGUAACUCAGAUGGUAUAACAUAAAACAGAAGGUGUACGGAAACAUUUUCGUUAAUUUAGGAAUUGGUGUGCCAAAAAUAUUUUAGAAACAGAUAUUUUUUUACGGUUUUCCUGGAAAUUACUUGAGUGAAAAUGUUCCUCUCCAGUACAAUGCCCAUUCGUAUUAUAUGAAUAUUUUGGGUCAGUCCUACUCAUAGAAUCGUGCUGUGAUGGUUUAAGCUCUACAAGUAGCCAAAAUUAAUAUACUCCUUUCAGAAAUCCAAUUUCCAUGUCCAAUAUUAAUGAAAAUAUCACCCAUUAAAAAAAAAAAAAGCGCACAACAUGCACUACCUCAGAAGAUGAUGCCACACAUCAUGUUUUCUUUGAGCAAUAUCUCUAUUGAUAUUGGUUGUAAAAACGUAGCUUUUGUUAAGAUGAAAUAUUACUAUGAUGUAUAAGAUGAAACUAUCAAAACAUGAUUCUAUGAAACGGCGCAGCGCUGCCAACCCAUAUUCAUAUUAAUCAGUUUCCUGGAUACAUCGCAAAAAUGUUUUUCAUUUAAAUGUUUAGGGUGCGGCAGCUCAUAUGUUUAUCAGAACAUCUUUCCAUUUUAUGUUGUGUUUUCUGAGAAUGGCGGCAAAAGUCAACGAUUGAGUUUGAAACUUUUCAGCUUGAAAGUGUCAUUCCAUGCAUGUUAUGGUUGUUAUUUUUUUAUGAAAUUGAUUGUUGUGAGUUAAUUUUAUCUGUUCUGUUAUUUGUCUAAAGAUUCUUUUCCCACUCAAAUGUGUAUCUUUCAGCAUCAAUUUUACUUAAAUGACCCUCCAGCUUAGAUCGCAAAUAGUUGUGCCAAAAUAGUUAGUAUUUCUGCAGCCUCUUGAUGUAUGCAAAAUUUUAAACUUUUUAAGACUUAAGAGAGCUAUAAACUAGGUAAAAGAAUCGGUCACUCUGUUGGUUUGCCGUUAGGUGUUGUGAGGAUAUAUAUCUACUUUUUCUUAAAUAACAUUAAGCGUUAUCUUCCAUUCAUCCUCCUUACCACCCUUAAUUUAACGAGGCUUUACUCCUCUCCUCAUAGCUAUUUUAAUACUGUGAUGUUUAUGUUGUAGAUUAGCCCACAAGCUAAAAAUGAUUACCUGGCUUAGCUGUAUUAGAGCAACGGUCACUAUGUUGAAAUUUUGCCGAAACGCAGAAUUCUCUAGAAAUUCCCCUUUCCCUCAGUAUUACCCGUUGAUAUUGUGUUUUUACUCGCAUUGGAUUCAGUUUUUUUACUGACGUGUAGGCUUAUGAAUGCACAUAUUAAUGUCCAUGCUCCUCCAGUAGAGGGGUGAAAAAAAUAUUAACUUUUAAGUAGAAAAAUGUGCACCUAAACCUGUCCAUGAAAAAUGUUUUAACCGUGUGAGAUUAAUGUAACUGCAAUGUGCAUAAAAAACCGUACUUAUAUUUAUUUGACCCUCUCAGAUAAAAAUUCUGAACAACUUGCUGGGAAGAUUUGGUUUCUGUCAACCUCUGUCUUUGUUUCUUAAUUUGCUCUCUUAUUCCAAAUAUUUCAAUUUUUAUCAUGCAUUCAGCAAAAUUCACAGUAUGUUGUUAUCUCCUAUUUUUCUCACUCCCAAUUUGUUUGUCCCAGUUAUUAAGAGACAGAAUUCGGCCAAAUUUCAUGCCAACUUAGGUCAGUUUGAUGUGAUAUACGUGAAGAUUUAUCUCCGAGACAUUUCCUCGUUUCCCACUCAAAGGAACAUCGAUUCAUUCCAAGGUAGCAAUGUCGACUGAAACAACCAAAUUUUUUUCAGAAUUAUGCAAUUUUUGCCCAUUAUAUUGCUGAUUUUCGCAUGUAAUCACAAUGGAAAUCUGUGAAAUUUUCAGUUUGGAAAGUCUAAUGGUGUUCUAGUAAAAGCACAGUUUAAGAGUGGAAGUACUGCAACGUUGAAUUUCAGCUACCCAUGUUCUUUCGUUUGGGAAACGACAAUUUUUGCAAUAUAUCUCACUGCUCUCACAAGUUUCCAACCUGGAAUGUCUGAUCAAAUUUUAAACGGCAUGACUUAUUUUUAAAAUUUCAUUUUACCAGUAUUUCUAUGUUGGUUGUAUCCCUAAUUUUGGAAAGGAUAGAUUCGAAGAUGAAUUAAAAAAUUGUUGGCCUAAUCAAUUGUUGCACUUUAUUGGUUAUAUUUUCUCAUGUUUUUUGUUUUAUCAUAUUUUACAAAUUAGAGCCUGUCGUUUUCUUCCUCCAAAUUUUUUUAAAAAAUGACUGCCAAAAUCUCUGAUGUGCAUGUAGAAAGAGUGCAGUAAAGGUAGAUUUUCUACUUUUUUUUAAAACUCGAACGUGAAUCUUCAGUGUUGUGGAAAACGAUUCAAUGGUCAAUUGAUAAUAUCUGGAUUUUAGGACAUUUCCUUAAAAACCUCCAAGCUCGACACCAAUGAUUUAAUAAAUUUUGAAAAAGCUUUUUAUGCACGAUUGGGAUAAAUAUCGCAAAUAUAAAGGCAAAA